CACGGUAGCGCUCUUAUGGCGUGGAUGGGGCGGGGACCAAUCAGGGCGCGUCUUGCCCCUGAGCCUUCCCGUCGUCCAUGUUGUGUUGAGGAGCAGCGAAAAGGAGGAACCAUGGUAAAUAUAUGAUAACGCACCGCCAAGAUGUCCUCGUGGUCCCAGGGCCUGGAGUUCCUUGACCUGAGUGGGGUGAGUCAGGAUGAGCGCCAGGAACUCCUUUCCCUUGUCUCUGGUGCCAAUCCUGCGGUGCUGGUGCUGGCUCCUGACACCUCGGCCCCAGCCCCACUCCACCCAGCACCCCAGGCCAGGGAAGAGGAGGAAGAGAAAGAGCAGGAACAGGAACCAGAACAGGAGCAGGAGCCAGAGCCCAAACAUGAACAUGAACAUGAACAUGAACAUGAACAUGAACAACAAACAUGUAGUGAAGAAGAGACUCAUCCACCCAGUUGUGGGAUGGAGGAACAAACAGCCACAACUCAGGAGCAGGGAGUUUAUGGUGAUGAUGAAAGUAAGAUGAAUAUGGUGGCUGACUCAGCCACACCCAUCAGCCAAGACCCUGUCUCGACAACCUCUACUACUGCAACAGCAACCACCACCACCACCACCACCACCACCACUACAUCUAUUACACUAGUUUCCUCCUCUUAUGGUGGAGCUGAGGGGAUUGGGCCUAGGGCCUUCACUGUCCCUCCACCAAGUUUAGGUGCUCAGGGUCAAGCUGGAGGGCAGCAAGUAUACCAACCUUAUCCUACCCCAUCCCCAGGUAAUCCUCCUAUGUACAAUCCUCACAUGCCACCUCCUUCUCAUCCACCUCACUUCACACAAAUGCCCCCUCCCCCAGUGCUGCCCCCUGGAGCUACAGUGUAUGUGGCCAACUGCCAUGUCAAUUUCUCGUCUUCCCACAAUGGUGGACAGGGACAUGUGCCUGUUCUGGCUUCCACCCCUGGCCCAUCUCAGUCACCCCCUCCUCCAUCUCCAUCUGUGGUGCCCCCAAUUCAUGUGAUGCCAGAUCCUGCACCCCAGCCACACCUACCCCAGGUCAAACCUGUACAUGAAGGAAAGCCAGAGUAUGAGGGCCGCAGGAACUAUGAUCCUUUCCGUGGAGGUCAUCGUGGGCGGGGACGAGGCCGGGGCAGGGGUAAACGGCUGAACACUGAGAGAGCCGGGGGUGAACAUCCUGGAUAUGGUGGUGAUAAGCACUAUCAUGAGACUGCACAAUUUGGUGGCAUACCAGGACCAUAUGUGUACCAAAAUUUGCCAUACCACGUGAGGGGUGGUAGUGGCUACCCACCUUACCCAAAUGUGCCUACAGCCCAGAAUGUACAGGGGAUGCCACUUAUGUAUGGUCAGCAAUAUGUGCAGUAUACACAUGCUCAUGGGCCUGUGACCCCUCUGCUGUCUUAUCCCUCAGGCCCCCCAGGCAGCCAACACCAUCCUGCAGCUGCUCUCCAGCACCUGCACCACCAACACUCUCACCACCACCCCAUUCCUCAGCAGCAGCAGCAUCACCACUUCCAUCCGCAGCAGCAACACCAUCAUCACCAGCAACAGCAACAACAACCACAGCAGCAACAACAGCAACAGCAACAUCAGCAACCAGAAUCAGAAUCUCCCCAGCAAGAACAUCAGUUCCACUUGCAACAAUCACAGCCACAACCUAAUUUUGCAGAGCCACCAGAAGUUGUUGGCUCAUCAAACUUGCAUUCUAACCAGCUAUUUGUCUCCACUUCUCAGACAAGAACAUCCCAGUUUGAAAGUGUUGCUUCUGUGGGUGUGUCAGCCCCAGCUGUUAACUUUACUCCCUCUGUUACAGCUCCUGCUGAGGCAGGCAGUGUCAGUCCUCUGACCAGCCAGACAGCCUCUCUGGUGCUGGAGGACUGUGUGGAGACCAGGACUUCAUCCAUGGGCAUUGUCAGCCCCGGCCAGGACGGUCCAGUCCCAGUGGGGCAGGAGGGAGAAGAGGCCACACCCCAACCUACCACACACAAGCUGCCUCCAGCUCAUCACCAUCCUCCUCUACAUUCCCUACACUCACUUCCACUUCCCAACCUGCAAGUGCCACCUCCAAGUCAGAGUCAAGGACCAACUUCAGGACAGGCCCAGGUACCACCAAGUCAAGGCCAGGUACCUCCUGCAGGUCAGAACCAAGUAUUACCAUCAAAUCAGGUUGAGGUUCCACCUGGUCAGGUUCAAGUACCACCUAAUCAGAACCAAGAAAUAUUGCCACACCAGGCUCAGGUUCCAUCAAGUCAGGCUCAAGAACCAUCUUCAGAUCAGAAUCAAAUAUCAUCAUGUCAGAACCAAGUUCUUGCAAUGGGACAGGCUCAAGUACCACCAAGCCAAUGUCAGGGUCAAGUUCCCCCUCCAGGUCUUGCUCAGCUGCCUCCUCCAGGUCUUACUCAAGUAGCACCUCCCAGUCAAAGUCAUGGUCAAGCACCACCUGCCAGUCAGGAUCAGAGUCCAGUUCCACCUCCAGGUCAUAGCCAGCCACCACCUCUAAGUCAUGCCCAAGUACCAAUAUCCUCUCAUGUCCAAGCACCACCACCAGGCCAUAGCCAGGUGCCACCACCCAGUCGUGUCCAGAUGCCUCCCAGUCACACCCAGAUGCCUCCACCAGGACUUACCCAGGCACCUCCUCCUGGCCUUCCCCAGGUUCCUCCUCCAGGCCUUCCGCAGGUACCUCCCCCAGGUCUUCCCCAGGUACCCCCUCCUGGUCUUACCCAGCUGCCACCUCCAUGUCAAGUCCAGAUUCCCUCUGGUCAUAGCCAAAUACCACCAGGUCAGGUUCAGGAACUGUCUUCAGGACAGGUUCAAACACAAGCUACUGGUCAAGCCAAGCCCCCACAGUCAACAGGACAGUCACAUACUUCACCAAGCCACCCUCAUGCAGCUCCUAAAAUUUCCUCUGGAAGCAACAACAGCAACAGUAAUAACAACAGUGACAAGUCCUCCAAUACCCCACAAGUAUUGUUCAGCCAAAUGAACAAGGGUAAGAUAGGAGUAGGUAUGGAACAAACAAGUUUGGCAGACAUUACUUUUAUGUCAGAUGAGAUACAGCCUGAUGUGGUGGCUGAAAUUGCUGUGGACUUUGCUAGAACUUCACUUGUGGCCCCUGAACCUUCCCCCUCCAGUGUUACUUUCACCCCAGCUAUGUCAGUAGCAGAAUCUCCAACCCCACAAGUGAACACUCCAGCUGCUUCUUCAGAGUCUGGAGUGAAGCAGACAAGCAAUGAUGUUGGGAUGAUAGGACCCAGUUCAAACCCACCAGUUGCUAGUAGUCCAGUGAUGGCAGAGGUAGUGAUUCCACAGCUGGCUGCUGCGACUGUCCCCCCUGGGGGUGCUUGGGCCCAGAAAAAAAGUUGGUCUCAACUCUUCAAGCCAUGUGAUGAGGGAGGAGCAAAACAGGUAGCUUAUGUUGCACCCUUCAACCAAGGAUCUGAGAAGCUUUGUGAGGAAACUUCAGUUCCCCAUGAGACUACGGACCACAAGGUACCAGAUCCUACACUUUCGGAAGCUGACAUAGAGAAAGCAAAAAUUGGAGGAAUACUGCGACAAUAUGUGCAAGAUCACCACCAUGCAGCCCUGCAGCCACGUGGCCUCAUCAACAAGGCUAACUGGUGCUACAUCAAUGCCCCUCUGCAGGCACUCCUUGCUUGCCCUCCUUUCUACAACCUCAUGAAGAACAUACCUAACAUUGCUGGCCUUAAGAAGGGAAAAUCAUCAACCCCAGUUAUUGAUAGCAUUGUGGAAUAUAUUCAUGAGUUCUCUGAGAUGGCCCCCAUGCUGAAGCCCUGCAAGAAAGACAAGAGUGGAAGUGGCGCUCGUAAAGAAACUGAGAUAGUUCCAGGGCCACCAUUUGAACCAUCUUAUGUUUACAAAAUGUUGGCUACCAUCAAUGGAGACUUGUUUAGUGAUGGCCGCCAGCAAGAUGCAGAGGAAAUGUUGUCCUUUGUACUUAAUGGCCUGCAUGAAGAGAUGGUGGAAGCAUUAAAGCUGGCUGGGGAAUAUAGUCCAUCACCAACUGGGGAUCACCCAGCCUUGAAUGGUUCUGUCAAUGGAGAAACCAACACCUCUGACCAUGAAGAUGCUUCUGAUGAUUCUGACGAGUGGCAGAUGAUGGGUCCCCGAAAACGCUGCUGUGUUACUCGCACUGCCGCUUUCACCCCAACCCCAAUUAGUGCCAUAUUCUGGGGUCAGCUGAGGUCAGUGCUGCACCAGGCUGGGGGUCACACUACUGCCAAUCUGCAGCCAUUCACAACCCUUCCACUGGACAUACAGUCAAGUAAGGUGGAAAGUGUGAAAGAUGCUCUUGAUCAGCUGGUUAGCAGAGAGGAAAUACCAGAUUACACUGAUGCAAAGACCAACCAGGAUGUUACUGUCUUUAAACAGGUUUUGCUGGAGCACCUACCCAAUGUGCUGAUCUUGCAGCUGAAGAGAUUCAUUUAUGACAAAGAUGGUGGUUUACAGAAAGUCAUGAAGAAAGUCAAUUUCCCUAUUGACUUAGAAAUCACUAAAGAACUCAUGUCAUCACGCAGUCGAGGAAAGUUCUCUCAUGUGCAAAGGAAAUACAAGCUGCUGGGUGUAGUAUAUCAUGAUGGAAAGGAGGCAACUAAGGGCCAUUACGUAGCAGACAUUUACCAUGGUGGCUACAAUUGCUGGCUGCGCUGUGAUGAUAGCUUCAUCAAGGAGGUGCCAGAAAGCAGUGUGGUGCGUCACGUACCACCCCGAGUACCCUACCUAUUGUUCUACCGACGUGCAGAUACUAUGGUUGGGCCAUCCACCAAAACUAAGUCAUGAGAGCCACAGACAUCUUAGGAUAGAAAUGUGUUCAAGCUUUGGGAUUUCAGAAGUGUUAUAUGUAAACAAGAUAUACUUGUUGUUGGCUCUCUUGAAGUGGUUUGAAAAAACUUCUGUAGUUACUUGACAAAGAAAAGUCUUGUACCUCCUACAUACAUUUGUAAAUCACAGUGCACAGAUAAUGGAAGUGGAAGUGUUUGUAAAUGCUGGAACAUCGUAAAGGUAGUCACAGAUAAGUGAAGUGAUGUGAAAAGUCAUAGUCAGCACUAAGAAAGUAGCUGGAUGGAUGGAUGGACAAAGAGAAAAAGUAAGCAUUCUGCAAAAAUUGUUGUACCAUAAUGUGACAAAAGUGAAAUGGGAGGGUCUUGUGCAUGAGGAAUAGACCAAAAGUGUCAUUGCUGAAGCCUUUCUCUCUCUCUCUCUCUCUCUCUCUCUCUCUCUCUCUCUCUCUCUCUCUCUCUCUCUCUCUCUCUCUCUCUCUCUCUCUCUCUCUCUCUCUCUCUCUCUCUCUCUCUCUCUCUCUCUCUCUCUCUCUCUCUCUCUCUCUCUCUCUCUCUCUCUCUCUCUCUCUCUCUCUCUCUCUCUCAAGGUUUCUAUACAGUCUGGUUUUCCUCAGAUGUUUGGAAAGGAAAUACAUACUCUGUCUUUAAGUUAAGUAUUAUAAUCGUGUGUGUUUAUUUAAAGGACAUAAUACAGGUACUAAUGUGAAGGUGGAAGCCAUGGCUCUCAAAUACACUGGAGAAACUUGUUGUGUGUACUGUGUUCCUCAGGCAGGACUCCCUCUUGGCUUUCUGGACAGUCCUCAACAGGAUUCUCACAUUUUAUCAUGAAGUUACUUUCCACAGUGAAUGCUUAAUUCCUUGGUAUUUGUAUUCUGCUUGUCAGUUUUAGUAUUGCUUCAGGUUUGUCUAUAUAUCCUUUGAUCCUUUGUUACUUCCAAGUAGGUAUUUGAAUAAGGAUUGAAAAAGUUUGCCCAUGCACUGUCCAAGGAACUAAAAGAAGUAUCAUCUUGUUAUAUUACCAGCUGUCUGUUUUUUUUUUUUUUUUUUUUUUUUUUUUUUUUUUUUCAUUUAUUUAUUUAUUUUUUUUAGCCAUGGGCUUAAAAAAAAUGCAUUUAAAGUAAGCUAUUGAAAAGAUGUGUAUUUAAAUCAAUUAACCUGUCAAGUUGGGGAUGAAGGCUGUGUCCCCAUGUAAGUAUUUGUGGUAACUUACGGGAAAGAAUUCAAGGUUUUCCAUUAUGUUAGUAAUAUUUACCUGCUGCACUGUUUUGUGGCACCACCCAGCUGUGAAUGACUUUGAGUUUAAACCAAAGUAAUGUCUGUGUGUUUAUUGGUGAUAAUGAUGGGACCCCACCAAACUAAAGAUUUUGUUUCUGAAUGAACAGCAAUAUAAUUUUCAUUAUUUUUUAUUUUAUUUUAUUUUAUUUAUUUAUUUUUUUUAAUUGUUGGAAGUGUUGCAUUUAAAUGGUGAAAUUUACAUAAAAAAAUUGUUUUUGCUUUUUGUUGCACUUAGAUUUAUUUGAUUGAGGAUAAUGAUUGCCAGUAUCUAACAGGAGGGCUAUUUUUCUAUCCUAAUUUAUUGUGUUAUGGUAUGCUGAGUGCUCUUUUAUUAUUAUUAUUAUUAUUAUUAUUAUUUUUAUUAUUAUUAUUAAUAUUAUUAUUAUUAUUAUUAUUAUUAUUUAUAAAUUUAUAAAUUUAUUUAUUUUGUUUUUAUGCUGUUAUCCUGUUAGCAAGAGUUGGACUUGGGGUGGUUAUAUUGAAGUUUAGAUUAUUAUUGUUUUCAUCUCUGCAAAUUGAAUGAACACGAGUGUAAUUUUCAGUAUCUAGAAAUUAUGUGAGAAGCGUAGCAUGUGCCUUUGUAAGGGCCACAGGGCAGAGCAUCUCGUGUCCCUCUUGGUUGAUUUGUUACCCCAUUGAAUAGAGAAUGUAUUUUUUGUGCCUGUUAAUAUAGAGGGAUGGUCAUGCUCGUGUUGAUUUCAGCCUGAGCAAUUAAUUCACCAAGAUGUGUCAGGUGAGAUAUUGCCUAAAGAUCAUAGCUCUGGUUUGUGCCUAUUGUUUAAUAGUAAGUAGAAGCUAUGCUGCAAUUGGAUAUAUCAGCUGAUUGAAUGCAUCCUUUAGAAAUUUUUAGCAGGCAUCAGUAAAUGAAGAAUUAUUGGAUGUUUCAUUACUUUUUCUGAUUGUUAAAAAUUGAACAUUAUUGGAUUGGUAUACCUUUUGGAUAUAUUGGUAACAUCGGCCUCCAGUUGUAAUAACAUUUUAGGAUUUGUAUAUUGAAAGAAAUCAUAUCCUAAUUAGACAAACAUAGGGAGUUAAUGUAAACAUCAAAGUAAUAACCUGUUGUUAUGAGUAAUGUGCAUUAAAACACUGUUUGGAUGUAUUCUCAAUAUGUGAAGUAAUAAUGCACAUAGCUUACUGUCAUUACACAUAUACUAGCUUAUAUUGGGUAUGAAUGCUGAUGAGAAUGGGAGAACAGUUGUAGAAGGUGGAAUAUGUAAUGGCUACAAGUUUUAUUUGCGUUGCUUAAUGUCUGAUGGCACUACAUGGCUGUAGCUUGUCUCAGGAUUGUACUAAAAUACUGUGACCGAAGGGAAUAUUCUUAAAUGCUACAGACAUCAUCUAUUAAUUAAACACUUUCCAAAUUUUUUAAAAUUUAGUUUGACUCAAGUUGAACAUUGCGUCCAAGGGAAUACAUUUUCCAGGGUUAGAGGAGUUUCUUUUAGCCUCUUUGCUACAAUCAAGCUACAUCCCCUGUUGUGGUUGUUUUUUUGUGGAUGCUUUUUGUUGGCAAGAAAAAUAUUAAUUACUUAGAAGCUAUAAAAGAUUUAGUAAAAAGGUGGUAUUUGCAGCUGAGGUUGAGAAGAACCUUUCCAUUCUCACCAAAAAUAAACAUUUCCCCUUCAUCUGUCUGCUCAUCAAUCAUACAUCACAAACAGAAGAAUGCAUAUCAAUUACAGGCCAAGUGUAGAAAAUGGGAUUGUAUUUUAGAACACGUUGGGAAAAUAAGAGCAUGAUCAAAUUCAACAGCUGUAUGCAUCAACUGUAAUUGUAGCAAAGAGGUUAUUAAGAUGCAUUGUGAGGUGUGUGUGUGUGUGUGUGUGUGUGUGUGUGCACGUGCAUGCAUGCGUGUGUGCACGUGCCCAGUCCUGCACAUGAUUUAGAGUGUGGAUCAUGAGUCGUGCCUGGUCUAGAGUUCCAAGGAGUGGGACUAGCCAAUACAUAUAUUUCACAGGAUUGAUUUCUUCAGUCCAAACUGUGAUGGGUUGUUAAAUUCUUGUAUGGUCAUUGAUUUUAGUGAGCAUGAGCAUAUGUGUAUUUUUUUAUGCAAGGGCAUAUUAUUAUUAUUUUAUUAUUAUUGUUAUUAUUAUUAUUAUUAUUAUUAUUAUUAUUAUUAUCAUUAUUAUUAUUAUUAUUAUUAUUAUUAUUAUUAUUUUUCAUUUUAUUUUUAGUUGCACCUGCCUAGUAUAUUAGUAAGUCAAUACUUGACAGGUUUAUUGGAAACAAGAAAGCACACAAGGAAAAGUUUUAAAUGGUUUUAAUACCAAAAUUGAAACAACAAUUAGGCUUAAACAGGCUCAACUAGAUAUUAACGUGAUUAAGUUUACUACAUGAAGACAUCACCUAGUUCACAGGUUCAUAGGCUUGCCAGGGAAAAUGUAAUAAAAUUAACAUGUUUUCAAAUAUUUCAUAAGUUUUAUGGUGUUUGCUAAUUUGAUAUUCAUGUACUGGCAGGAUUACAGCCUUUUUGUGUUUGAAAAGAUUUUUAAGUUUUCCUUGGUUUAGCAUUUUGUAACAAAGUUCCUAAUGAGUUGCUCUUGCUAAAAGUGUACUGGUUCUAAAUUGGUUUAGUUGAAAGUGCAUAAAUGAUAUUGUAAAUAUUGAUGUAUCUACAAUAAAGGACACCCCAACUAUCACAAA